GUAUUGCCCAAAAAUGUCUAGCCUCGCUGCGCAGAAGGCAACAGCCAAAGCCGUCAUCGCUGGUUUCGACGCGUGGGAACUCGAAAAGAUCAUGGCCUAUCGACACCCAGACUGUCAAAUACAAGUUAUCCCUGCAUCCCUGGGCCGACCUAAGAUGAACAACGCAGAGUAUCGUGUACGCCUAGCUCAUAUAAUGCCAUGGUUCAGGAAUUUCAAGGCGACUGUUCACACGGAGGUGCAUGACGCUGAAGCGCAUACAUGCAUGAUACAUGCUACGAGUACAGCGGAGACGGAUAUUGGACCGUAUGCAAACGAGUAUGCGUUGAUUUUGACUUUUACGGAGGACGGGACGAAAGUCAUCAACUUUUUGGAGAUGGUAGAUUCGGCUUACUCAUCGAAGUUCUUUGCGGCGCUGGCAGAGGCAGGGCUGAAAUAGUAGUGAGAUCGUUUAGUCGAAUAGAUACCAGCACAUUGUAGUGAGCUCGCAGCUGCAUUGCCUUA